CUGGGGAAGCUAAUGGUGCGACGGGGGGCUCAGGUAUUGGCCGGGCCUGGACGUUGCGGCAUGUGCUUUGAUCGCGACCUCGAAGCAAGAAAACUGAAGGCAGUCCCCGAGGGUACAGCUUAAAAACUAAGGAAGCACACCUGGGGCGGUGUCAAGUUAGGGGCCCGGGGGGCAUAGCCGUGUCUUUCUGGCCGCCCUGGUCAGGCACUGUAAAAUCUUGCCCCCUGUCAGAGUGCAGGGUGGCGCCCUGACUGGGUCCCUCUGGCAGGGGGUGGAGUCCUCUGCCGAGGCCACGGGGCCUGCCUUUGGUCCUCUCUUAGGUCUCUUGGCGUGGUCGGGCCCAUGCCGUUGCGGAAGGGAUCGGUUCUUUACCUGGGUCUGGGGGUUUUUUGGGGUCCUUUAAAUAAAUAUGAAUAGCUCAGAUACUAAUAAAUGUUUACAAGUGCAGGGGGAAAAGGGGAGUUGCCCAGCUCCCAUUUUGUUUCGCCGGAGUAUUACUAGUGAUAGAUCGAUGCAGCAAGAUAGUGAGUAUGAUGGUUAUGGUUAUAUUCAGGAUAUGGAGAAGUUAGCAUUAGAUUUUUGAAAGAUAGUUCUCCAUAAGGACUGUAGAUUGAGUCGCCAGGCUUCACAACAAUUAAUAGAUAUGUUUGGGCAAGCUGUGAAUGUUGUGCGAACAGUUGUGUUGCAGAAUGAAAGAUUAUUAGGUAGACUCAUUGAGAUAGAGAAAGUAGAAAAAUUUAGUGCUCCUAUUGUAUCAACACCUAUGUUGUAUGCAGAUAAAGUUAAAGUAAAGGAGGAUAAAGUUGAUAAUGAUAGUACAGAUAAGGUAAUAUUAGUUAAGGGUAUGAAUGAUGAGGAUAGUGAGGAGGUCAAGCGUAAAUUUCUUAUUAGUGUUAAUCCUGUUAAGGAUGGUAUACGGUUUCAAGGAGUACGGAAAAUACGUAGUGGAGGAAUAGCUGUUGUUGUCGCGUCUAAUGUUGAUAAGGAAAGAUUGCUUAAUCAUGCUUUAGUUAAAAAGGCAGCGUUAGAAGUAACAUCGCCGGUAAAGAAAAAACCUAGAAUGAUUAUGUUUGAUGCGCCUAGAAAGUUAGAUGAGGAUGCAUUGGUUCGGCAGUUGUAUGUUUUAAACAAUGAUUUGAUAUAUGGAGAUCUAGGUAUUACUUUGGACGAGUUUAAAGAAAGUUUUAAGUUGUUAUAUAAAACUGGGAGGAAGAGGGAUUUAUUGGUUAAUUGGGUUAUGGAGGUGUCACCUGAGUUGAGAAUUAGAUUGUUGCGGUUAAAUAGAUUAUAUGUGGAAUAUAGAAGUUGUAGAGUUAAAGAUUACUUGGAAGUUUCAAGAUGUUUUAAAUGUCAGGCUUUUGGACAUGUAGCUAAGACUUGUCGUCAGGAUAAUGUGACGUGCUAUAAGUGCGGUGAAGUGGGACAUAGGUCUGCGGACUGUAAACUUGAAAAGCCCAAGUUAUUAUGUAUACCAUGUCGUAAUUUUGGGAAACGAUCUGAUCAUAUAUCUAGAGAAAACGGUUGCUAUGCAUAUCAAAUAUCUGUUGGUAGAUAUAGACGUAACAUAGAUUAUGGGUAGUAGUGGUAAUCAGUUGUUA